UUCUCUUAACGAAACCUUAGGAAAAUCCCACUCAAAUGGAUGGAGAAAAAGGCAUCAAAAACGCUUUUGAGAAGCUAAAGCGUUUCUUUAGUGGUAAAAGGUUCCAAGAUAGCUCGUGGUCAUGGGUUGUGUGUAUUACAGCGGCCGUGUGUCAUGCAAUCAACCUUGGUUUUGCACUCAGUUUUGGAGCUUUGUUCCCGGAGUUGAUGAGGCACUUUAAUGCCACAAGAGAAAGGACAGCCUGGGUUGGUUCCAUCGGCCUGGCCAUGGUUUGGUUUGCCAGUUUGCCGGCCGGAUACCUGUGCGAUCACUUUGGAUGUCGUAUAACGUGUUUUUUAGGAGGACUGCUAUGCGUGAUAGGUCUGGUAGCAACUUCCUUCGCCAACAGCCUCAGUCUGAUGUAUUUUACCUAUGGUUUGGUGUACGGCUUGGGAGGGUGCUUCAUAUGUAACUCUGUCUACUUGAUAGUUGGAAAAUAUUUCAAUGAAAAACUCUCAUUAGCUGUUGGUAUAACGGCAUUUGGGUCGAGUGUGGGUGUCCUUUACACAGGCCCGUUACUUCAGCUUCUUUUGGACGCUUUUGGAUGGAGAAACACCUUUAGAAUAAUGACGGCAACCUUCGCUCUUGUUUGCAUUUUGAGUUUGAAUUUCAAUCCAAACGUAGUUGAAGCAACAAUGGAGACGGAGGUAAAAGCAGAAGCGUUGGACAAGGGGCAAAAAGUAGGAAUUAAGGGCAGCAUCUUUUCUUACUGCAGCGUGUGGACGUUUCCUGUUUUCACUUUCGUCGCCAUUUCUUUAAUGGUGGGAUCUUUUGGACUGUAUAUUCCUUACAUCAAUCUGGUCAAGUACUGUGAUGAUCUUGGUAUCGCGGCACAAAGUGCCUCUCGACUGUUAGUCUUCAUUGGCCUUACCUCAUCUCUUGCGCGGAUUCUGUCCGGAAAACUGUGUAACAAUCCAAAGAUCAAUCCAGUAUUUGUUUAUCAGUCAUCGCUGUUUAUCGGCGGUGUAUGUGUGCUCCUGUUACCUAUGGCAACUACAUACUGGGCCUUGGUUGCAUUUAGCAGUGCUUUUGGAAUAAGUGAUGGAAUUUUCAUAACCACACAAUGUUACAUCUUGCUUAGCUGUGUGGAUAAAGAGAGAGCUACAGCUUCAUUUUGUACCCUUAACGUGCUUUAUUCAUUUUCGGUGGCUACCGGUGGACCUAUUGCUGGUUUGAUGGCAGACCAAGAUGGGAACUAUGUUAAUUCGUUUUACAUGACUGGCGGGGUUCUGAUGUUUGCAUUUGUUAUUCCUUUCGGAUUGAUUUUCAUCAAGCGGAAAAGGUCUCCAGUCAGUCCAAUAGUGUCACCAGAUAUGCCUGACUUGGAAGCAAGAAAAAACCGUUCUAUACCUUAGCAAAUGUGACAAAAGGACUUCAGUGUUAGUUGAUUGAUUUGAAAACAAAAAAAUGUCAUGGCAUCUAAGAUUAACUGUUUUGGUAAAACUCAAAUAAAAGCCAUCGAACAAGUUAUCGCUACAGUUGGGAAUAAUUUGUAACGAAAGCUUUCGUUUAAGUUAAUCAUAAACAAUUGCUCUCAGGUUUCCCAAAGAACACCGGACAUAAAAUGACGACUACUGCGAAAGGUCGCUUGAAAAAGAAUCGAAAUUGAAAAUAAUUAACGAAAAAAAACGUUCUGACAAUGAAGGUCUCUUUCAAAGAAUUAAAAACUCUUGUCACUCGAUCAAAAAUAUGGAAAAAAAAUUGAUCACCUCUUCACGUGGUUCUGAAGCAGAAGUCGUUGCGGAUGUAAUCUUAUCAAAUACGAUAGUACGAACUCCCUGAUUGGUCAAAAACCCAUCGCUUAUUGCACUAGUAAAAUCAUAGUUACCAUACUUUCUAUCGGUUUACCGGUGUAAUAACCGACCUCGAUUUUGGGAGAACACUCGAAAGUCCAGAGGCUAAUAGGAAGUUUAUAAAGGGCCAUGAGUAUAAAACUUGACACUUAUUCGCUGUUUCCACCUGUUUAUUAUUGACUUCUAUAUCAACUUGAACCUGUUAUUUUUGAUGAAGCAAAUUUUUUAUUAACUGAGAAUGGGAAGAGAGGAAAAUAAAGGAAAAAACCCAAAUAUUACAGAUCCAGAAAAAGCAGUUUCAAAUAAAGCCACAAACAGUUAAAUUUAUUCUUUACUUUUAGGUUGAAAUUAGUGAAGGAAAGAAUUCACUCUUACUUCAAAGAGAUUCUUGUCCUUCUUUGCUUUAAAAUAAGCAUAUUUGUUUUCAAUAAACUCUUUCACGUCAAAGCGUA